UUUAGUUCGAGCUACCGAAGUGGAUAGACGUGCGUACGCGUGUUAGCUCGGUUUCUUUUUUAAUUACAUGGUGUGUUGCGAAGCUAUUUAGUUUUCAGUUUUUGAUUCUACAAUCUAAAAAAAGUGAAUUUUGGAUGUCCGUUGUUCGAAAUAUUAAUUACAGUUUUGUGGAUGUUGUACCAGCCGAAGCAGAGAUAGUCUUAAUUGAAAAAUAAUUUUAAAAAAAACUAAAAUUCCGUUAAUUGGAAGUGUGUUGUGUGUAAAAGUCGUGCACUCUGAUCAAUUAACUUGUAUACUGGAUUAAUAUGGAGAUGUCAAUUUGUUUGUGUUUUCUGUUAAUGAUUAUCGGAUACGUCAAAAACAGCGACGGAGCAGAGGAGUCUGAUGCUUUAAUGCAAAAUUCCUGGAAUUUGGAUACACUAUCUCCAGAUGACAUAAGAUGUUACUGCAAUUUAGCCAAAUGUGUGGCCACCGGUUACAUGUGCAAAACAGCCCGAUCACAGAGCGGUGGCUGUUUUUCCGAAGUGCAUAACAGCAAUGAUAAGUCAGUUGCACGUCAUGGCUGUAUGGAAUUGUUGCAAGAUGAUGGUCAUCAAAUGCAAUGCGAUAAUUCACCAAGGAAACACGUCAAACAGUCGUCAUCGUCAUCAUCGUUCGACUCACUGCUAUUAUGUUGUCAUGACGAUAUGUGUAACCACGACAUGGCUGACAACAAGAAAUUAAAACCAAAUCUCACUUCCGAGAACUCUGAUGACAUAUUCCAUGCAUCUGGCUCACCGUACAACGACAAACAGCUGGAAAAGCAACAACAAUAUCCAUAUCCAGUGAACGCUGAAGUGCCACUAUCGUCGUCCGAUUACAGCAGCGAUAUUUGGUUUAAAGUGGCCACGAUAGCGGUUCCGAUUUGUGGUGCCGUCAUACUAUUCAUAUUGAUUGCGUUGGCCAUACGAAUUUUGAAAAAUGAAGGCAUCGAUUCGCCGAAACUGAGCGGAUCGAGUUGCAGUGGCAAUCGUAAGCCACCAGUCGACUACGAAGCGUAUGGUGCGCACGAACAAAAUAUCAAAGAGUCACCGUUACUGAAGCACAGCAUUUAUGGUGAUGGUGCAACCAUUUGUCAUAAUGAUUUGAAGAAUGAAAAUUUAGCCAAGAAAAAUCAUCUGAUGUCGCUGGAGUACAGCUUGUUGCCACAGAGUUGUCAUGAUCCGAGCAAUAAGCCGACGAAUACGGAAGUUGGUAGCGCUUGUCUGUAUAGGAAUAUAAAUUUAAGUUUAAGUCCAACGGCUAAAAGCCGAGACAUGAAUGAUAAAAAGGUAUACGAGAAGGAAGUACUGAGUCCGGCAUCUUAUUGGGCCGGCAAUUACGGCGUCUAAGUUGAUGUGUAGGUUUUGUUUUUAAAUAUUUUUUUUGUUUGUUUUUUAUACCAAUUUGUGUUACAAUGUCGGAAUUCUGUCUCUUUGUGUAUCUUCAAUAAUGUAAAUAUGUAAAAGUAAGGCAAACACCAAUCCAACAUGUGGAAUUUAUGGUGAGACUGGGUUUGGUAGGGAAAAACAAAUCAUUUUGGAGCUGGCGAUCUUUCAUUGACAGAGUACAAAGAUCCACGCGAUUUUCUAAAUUUAAGAUCGUUUAAACCUCAUGGUUCUGAUGAUUCCGCUCACCAUAAGUUCUUUUUUUUAUUAAAUUAAAAGUCUAUUUCAUUGGCCAAUGAUCAUUAAGUUGUAGGAAUUUCCUAGUAGGAAAACAAUUUUUGUAAAAAUUUAGUUUUCGUUUCACGAGCUUUCGCGAACUAGCUAUUGUCCAAAACCAGGUGUGUUAUAAAUUAGUAUUGUUUUGGGGCUUUUCAACCUAAUUUCAUGUCUUUCAAGUGCUCAGUGCAGCUUCCCUAAAAUAUUUCAAAAAUCAAUUGAG